CACGUGUGUUCAUAGGCGAGAUUGUUGUCUUCUAGUUGCUUCUCGUACAUUUAAAUUAUAAAUCCUUUGAAAGUAAUAUCUACAAGAUGAGUGCACGAUAUGAAGUACGGAGAUCGGAUAAACUUGGAAGAUACCUUAUAGCCGCUAAAGAUUUAAAAGCGGGCGAGAAAAUCUUAUCGGACGAGCCGUUCGUCCUCGGUCCUAACAGCGACACGUCGCUUGUUUGCCACAACUGCUACUUGCCGCUGAUAAGCAAGUUCAUUGUAUGCAAGAACUGUGCCGUGGCGCCACUAUGCCCCGGAGACGGAUGCCCCCAGCCACUCGCUUACAACUGGCAUACUAAUACAGAAUGUGAGUUCUUUAGAACACUGAAGCUCACCAAGGGCCUAAAUCCAAUGAUUAUGGUUCAGAAUGUUGGAUCAUUAUUAAUCUUUCGCGCAAUGUUAAAGAAGAAAACAGAUCCACAAGCUUGGGAAGAGUUUAUGGAACUAGAAACGCAUAUGGAGAAGAGAAAGAAUACUAGCAUCUGGCAAUACUAUCAAAAUACUGUACAGUUUAUUGAAUCAUUGGAUUUUUUCGAGGGCGUCGAUGUAAAUUUAGUACAGAAAGUGUGUGCAGCGGUCGACGUGAAUAGCUUUGACGUACGGGGACCUCAGAUACCCGCCAUCGGCUGCUCAGAGAUACUGCGCGGAGUUUAUCUCAAAGCAUCACUACUUGCACACGACUGUAUCGGGAAUACGCAUAUGGCUAUAAACGACAAUAAUUUGCUUGUGUGCCAUGCGAGCAUAAAUAUCAAGAAAGGGGACGUGAUUUAUUUUAAUUACUCGGACCCCUUAAAGGGCACAACGUUACGACAACAACAUUUACUGGUAGGCAAAUACUUCAAAUGCACCUGUCUUCGGUGUACGGACUCCACAGAGCUGGGUACCUAUAUCAGUUCUAUUAUAUGUCCAGAAUGCAAGAUCGGCCUCGUAUCCAUGGGUGAAAACGGUGAUUGGAAAUGCAAUAAUUGCAAAAAAGAUUAUGCACAGUCAUAUAUUGGCAAGAAGAUUCAAAGUUGUUCUGAUAAAUUUGAUGUAAUUAACAAGAAAGAUGAAAAAGAGCUGGAAGAGUACAUUCGAAAUGUGUCGUUACUGUUGGCUCCCAACCACUACCUGUUGUUGGAAGCUAAGCAACGUCUAGCUGGCGUGUUAAGGGAUCUUAUCAAUAGGGAACCACACCCGACCAAGAAGGUGAUGCGCCGUAAAAUACAAUUGUGUAACGAACUAUUGCCUAUCAUUGAGAAACUUGUCCCAGGCAUAUCUAGGACUAAAGCUAUUACUAUGUAUGAAUUACACGCAACUAUGGUGCAAUUGGCCAAAAAAAAGUUUGACGGACGUGAAAUAACGGGUUCCGGAUACAUGGAUGAAUUACUAAAUGCAGAGGUAUUCCUAAAACGGGCCCUGGAAAUGUUGUUUAUUGAACCUGGUAAUUCUCCUGAAGGAGAAUUAUGUGCUAAGGCACUAGAAGAGUACCGAGCUUUGAAAGCAACAAUAAAUAGCGUUUUAGAUGGUAUACAUGCAGAAGGUAAAACAUACGUGAAUGCUGCUGAUAGAGAAGAACAUUCACAAGCUCAGGCGGUGGCGUAGUUGCGAAUUGAGGACAUCCCGCGCAAAAAUGUCAGUAUGUCCCACCUCCCGGUCCCGAAGAUCACUUUAAUAUUUUUAAUGCAAUAUCCUAAACGUUUAUUGGAUUUAAUGUUCUAGGGUGUUUAAUUUGACACCAUGGAAUGUUAAUCUAGUCAGAAAUAAUAGCAGCGGCCUGGGCGCCUUUAAGCAAAAAAUUGGCGUAUUUAAGUUUGUUUUUCAGGUGCGGGUCUUGGCCCCUAAAAAAGCACCACUUUUAGAAUUUUAAACAUGUUUGUGUUCAUAGUUAAAAGCUCUGAUGCCGUUCCUGGGUUAGGCACUAGACAAUUCUGGGAUGAGUACACCUCUCCUCCUUUAAAUACGUCUAAACCGAUAACAGUAGUGAGGCUUCAUAGCAGAAACAUCGGAACGUCCACUGCUUCUGCAGCUAGAUAAAUAAAAUAUCCAAUACACAAGUUAGUAUGUAUAA